AUGCACCUCGCCGCGCUUGGUUUCGAGGUCGACGUGUACGACGCCUACGCCGACCCUCACACGGUCGCCCCUUCGAAGACCCGCGCGUACGUCAUCGCGCUCUCAGGCCGCGGGCAGGAGGCUCUUGCUGCCGCGGGCAUCAACAUCGACGAGUGCGAGGGGGCGGUGCGACUGGAGGGGUCUGCGCGCCGGAACAGCGACGGGAAGAUCCAGCUCAACCCGAGCCCGCUCGACCCCCCGCUGGUCGCGAUCGCCCGGCAGGACCUCACUGCGUUCCUCGCGGACCGCGCGGCGGACGCGGGGGUGACCUUCCACUGGAACCGACGCGUGCAGGCGGUGGACGUGGAGGCGGGCAGCGUGACGAUCGGCGGGGAGGCGCUGCCGUACGACCUCCUCGUGGGCGCGGACGGCCGGCGCAGCGUGGUGCGGAAGCAGCUCGAGUCGGACGCGCACCUGGGGUUUGAGUGCCGGAAGCAGGAGGACGACAUGGAGUACAAGGUGGCGGUGCUGGCGUGCCCGGACGGGGACUGGCGGGAGCUGCUCGAGCCGCGGGCGCUGCGGGGCGCGCGCGGGCGGCUGAGCGCGCGGGACCGGGCGCCGCGCGUGACGCACACGUGGUCGGACAAGUCGGGCCUGCGGACCGUGUACGGGUUCCCGCGGCCGGACGGGUCGCUCGUGUGCACGGUCAUCCUCCCGCCGGGCGAGCACGACGACCUCGAGCACCGCGGCGCGUACGCGGAGGUGCUGUCGCGCUUCAUGCGGGACGUAAAGCCCGGGGUGCUGGCGGACAUCGCCAAGCAGAUGAAGGGCGUGUCGCCGGCGACGGGCGGGACGAACGUCUGGUGCUCCGCGCUGCACGGGCCCGGCGUGGCGCUCGUGGGCGACGCCGGGCACGCGAUGUGGCCCUCGCUGGGCCUGGGAGCCAACACCGCGCUCGAGACGGCCAACGCGCUGGCCAUCGCGCUCAAGGGGUCGCAGCAGGUGUACGCGAGCCAGGAGACGGAGCACGAGUGGAUCCGCUGGGCGCUCGAGCGGUUCUCCGGGGAGCACCUGCCCAACGCGCGUGCCGCCGUCGACUUCAGCGCCAACGCGUUCGGCGGGAGGCGCCGCCGCAGCACGACCAAGCCGUCGCUCCUCUGGUUCAUGCGCGUCUCCCUCAAGCUCGUGAUCUCCAAGGUGCUGCCGUUCGUUAGGAAGCCCGCCGUGCUGCGGAUCAACGGCGCGGAGCCCAUGAAGAAGCUCUGGAAGGACGACCGGCUCGAGUGCGGGAUCUUCAACGGCUCCAUCGCCCUGGCGCUGAUGUGGCUGCUCGCGUGGGUGGGCAUGCAGAUCAUUCGCCGCAUCGGAGCCGCAUCGCCCGCGUAG